GACUUCGUUCGUCAGAAACCAGAGUAGGAAAGCUUACGGAUUCACAUCCUGGAUUAUUUUCAGCCCCGAGCAAAAUGUUACCCCAGAUGGCUCCACCCCCCAAGCCUCCAUCCGUUGUUGCCUAUUGCACGGAUUCAGCAGGGAUGAACCAACAAGCGCACACGCUCCUAAACAAGAUACGCAUCAUUUCCAGAACAAAAUACACCCACAUUGAGCUUGGUUGGUCGGAUCUGGAAGCGUAUGUGAAGAGCGCAGGUUUGGCAGGUAGCGACGAAGAGAGGUUGGUGAAAGCAGCAAAGGACGUCAGAACGUUGUGUAACGACCUGGAGAUUGGGAUAUUGGCUGUACAUACGUUGUCCCGAUUUGAAGGAUAUACCGAUCCCGCGAAGAGAGGGAUGAACUUUGAGAGGGCGCGGCUCUGGUUCCACGUUCUAAGCACUCUAGAGUGUGACCUUCUCCAGGUCGGAUCCUCUGAUGACCCUGCUUCCAGUCCAGAUCUGGAUGUCAUCGUGCGGGACUUUCAAGAACUUGCUGAUUUGGCUGCAGAACAGGACCCACCCAUCUCCAUAGCAUAUGAAAAUUGGGCUUGGGGUGUGCACGUAAACACUUGGGAACAAACCUGGGAAAUAUGCAAGCGCGUUGACAGGCCUAACUUUGGACUCUGUCUUGACACGUUUCAGAUCUGCGCUAGGACAUACGUCUCUCCGACAUCUCCGCCCCACCUCUAUGAUCCGUCUGCACCGUUCGAGAAGUUCAGUCAGUCGAUGAACAACUUGAUCAACACGGUCUCACCUGAGAAGAUCUUCUACCUCCAGAUCAGUGAUGGCUCCAAUAAGAUCUCGUCGCAUGAACUAGCUCAGCGAGCCAAAGCCCAAUCCAUCCAUCCACUCUAUGCUUGGAGUAAGGCCUGGAGACCGUUACCAUUUAUGGAUAAGAUACCUGUGAAUUCUGAAGAGAAAGUGGACUAUGGAGGUUUCCUCCCUGUCGCUGAGGUCGUGAGGGCUGUGCUAGCGACGGGGUGGGAUGGUCCUUGGUCGUACGAGGUGUUCUAUGAGGAGGAUAUGUCUCGUCCUGAGCCUGGUAUAACCCUAAAAUGGGUAAGGGCAGGGAUGGCCAGUCACGAUAAGAUGUUGGAGGAACUGUGAUAUGGAUAUAAAAUGCAGAAAAAGGCUAGAAACUACGAAUUUGGAUAUCAAUAUUCGUCUAUGGACUACAUUCUUCCAUUUGAAGUGUAAGGCUCGUCAGAGGUCGACGUGAGUCGAAAUACGGCACGAAGCCUUUGCCAAAUAAGCACAAGCACAAGCGGUGCCCCUCUCUCCCACUGCU